UACUUUAAUCCGCAAACGUCUGUUUUAUCCGAUUUACCUGCAAACAUCUGCUAUUAUCUGCAAACAUCUGCUUAUAUCCGCAAAGAUCUGCUUUUAUCUGUGAACGUCUACUUUAAUCCGCAAACUUCUGCUUUUAUCCGCAAACAUCUGCAUUUAUCCUCGAACGCCUCCUUUAAUCCGCAAACAUCUGUUUUAAUCCGCAAACAUCUUAUUCUAUCCGCAAACAUCUGCUUUUAUCCGCAAACAUCUGUUUUAAUCUUCAAACAUCUGCUUAUAUCCGCAAACAUCUAUUUUAAUCUGCAAACAUCUGCUUUA